AUGGACGUCCCUGGAUUUGCGGUAAUCACCGGUGCUGCCUCUGGCCUUGGAAAAGCCUGUGCGAUCGCUUUCGCGAGGGAGGGCGCCGCCGGAGUCGCACUACUAGAUGUCAAUAACGACGGGCUCCUGGACACCAAGGCCGAAAUCGAGCUCGCUCAGGAUAGUUGGAACCGCUCGAGACAUUGUCAACUUGAAGCCUUCACGGUCAAUGUGACAGAUGAAGACCAAGUGAACCAAGCCAUGCAGACCAUCGCUUCCAAGUUCGGUCGACUUGACUAUGUUGUCAAUGCCGCAGGUAUCACCAUUCGUCAUGAACAGGGUGCUGCUUACGCCUCAGCUGCUGAUUGGCAAAGGGUCAUCGAUACCAACCUGACUGGCACAUUCCUUGUUUUCCGAGCCUCGGCCCAGAUUAUGCUCAAACAAGAGCCUCUUAGAUCCUCGCUUGAUGGUCGGGAGCUCCAACGCGGCUCGUUUGUCAGUUUCGGUUCAAUUUUGAGCCUUGUCGGCAAGCCUAUGUCGACUGGCUAUAUCGCAGCCAAGCACGGUGUGCUGGGAUUGACGAGGACGGCAUCUGAGGAUUACGCAGACAAGGGCCUGAGAAUAAACACGAUAUGCCCGGGCUACAUUGACACACCAAUGGCUGCGAGUGAUGAGCUCAUUCAAAGAACUAGCCAAGAAGCGCUGGCGCACAAAGUUCCUAUGAAGCGAUUCGGGACUCCUCAAGAAGUUGCAGAUGGUGUCUUAUUCCUGUCGGGCGGAAGAAGCUCAUUCAUAACUGGAUUUGCACUUUGUGUGGAUGGUGGCUACACCCAACGGUAA